AUGUCGAAUAUGGAUGAGAUGGAGCAAUUUGUCAACUGGGACAAGGCCAUUGAUGCCUUUCCACAACCCCAGGAUGGCAGCGCCUUUGCUGGUCUGACAGCUGACAACAACGAGAGCAUUGAUCUUGUCCUGGAGAAUGUCAGUGAAGACGACUUCAGCUUCUGCGCCCUUCAACACUUUUCAGACAACAACUUCCCUCUACCAGACAUGCCCGCCCCUGCGAUGGACUUCACCACAACCGCUGAAGACAUAUCUAGUCAAUUUCAGUGGGACACACCUUCAUCACCCUGCAUCAACUGUGCUAUGUCUGGUUUCUCAUGCAAGAAGAUCCGGGAGGGUAUGUACAAGGACUAUUGCACUACUUGCGUAGCAUUGAAGGCCAACUGCAGCUUCGCUGUUGCCCCCGAGUCUGCCAACACCUCAGCUGCGCCCUUUGACAUCAACCCUUUUCUGCCAUCUGGACCUCAGAUCUCCAACGCUCUCCAGGAGGAUAAUCAGGACGACUCUUGUCAAUCCUCUCGCAAUGCUUCCCGCAAUGCCUCCGUCAGUGAUCUAGGCAACCUGGGAGAAACGUUCACCAACAAGGCCGCACCUCCUCCCAAAAUUGGAGCACGAUUCUCUCGAGAGUCUGUUCGCAUUCUCAAAAAUUGGCUCUCAACUCAUAACCGUCAUCCUUAUCCUAGUGAUGAAGAGAAGGAGAUGCUGCAGCGCCAAACAGGGUUAAACAAGGUCCAAAUCACAAACUGGCUCGCAAAUGCUCGUCGACGUGGCAAGGUUCAGCCUCCGCGCUCAACAUCACCUCACUACACCAGCUCAUGGUCAGGCCCCAUGGAUAUCCCUCAACGCCGAGGAACACCAGCCCUGGAAGCCAUGAACCCAUUGCAACGUUGGGAGCACUCACCCCCUGAGAACGAACCCGCGUCCGUCAGCGCUAUUGCACGAGCCGUUACCGCCUCUUCCUCCGGAAUGUCUUCCGGACUCGACAGCCCUUUCAGCUUGAGCUAUGCGGACGAUGGCUCAAGCAGAUCUAUCUGCAACCAGUCAUCGGUCAGCAGUUUAGGCACCUCCCACUCCAGUAAUGGUUCUCAUGGAUCGGCCUAUUCACACGGAUCUCGCAACUCAUGGGGUUCGUUUGGUUCAGCCCCAUUCAAUAGCCACGGACGCCGUCGCCGUCGCCGAAGGGCUUCGGCAAAAAUUGGCAAGGAGAAGACCAGCCUAUCAGCCCCUCUCAAGACCUUCCAGUGUACAUUCUGUACCGAAACAUUCAGGACUAAGCACGACUGGCAGCGACACGAAAAGUCGUUGCACUUGUCUCUUGAGCGGUGGGUGUGUUCCCCUCACGGCGCAAAAGCCGUCAACCCUGAUACCGGCAUGUUAUCCUGUGUCUUUUGUGGCGAGGCCAACCCGGACGAUGCCCAUAUCGAAAGCCACAACCACUCUGCCUGCCAAGAGCGUACCCCAGCAGAACGGACAUUCUACCGAAAAGAUCACCUUAACCAGCACCUGCGCCUGGUGCAUAAUAUCAAGUUUCAGGAUUGGUCUAUGAAGUCGUGGAAGGUAGCAACGCCUGAGAUUCGGUCCCGAUGUGGUUUCUGUGGCAUCGUAAUGGACACAUGGACUAUCCGUGUCGAUCAUUUGGCAGAGCAUUUCAAGACGGGUUAUUCCAUGGCUGACUGGAAGGGUGAUUGGGGUUUCGACAACCCUGUACUCGAGAUGGUCGAGAACUCCAUGCCUCCAUAUCUUAUUCAUUAUGAGCGCACAUCCCCGUUGCCAUACGUAGCCACUCACUCCCCGCCAGAGUCACCUCGUAAUGCCUACGAGUUGAUUAAGUUGGAAAUGGCUUUCUUCACACGGAACUAUCAGGACCAGCACGGACGGCUCCCGAGCGACGAAGAAAUGAUGGUCGAAGGUUGCCGUAUUAUUUUCGCUAGCGAAUUGCUAUCUCUACAGGGCAUUGCGACGAGGCCAUCGUGGCUCCGUGACAUUAUCAUGAGCUCUGACACUCUACAACAAAAGGCUAGAUUCGGUCCUUUGCGUGGUGCCGCUGAAAACAGGCUGGCAUCCCUCAAGAUUAACGGCAAGGACAACUUGUUCGAGGAGUGUCCCAUGGAGGUACAACUCCACGAAUUUGUCAAGGCCAAGAGACUACUAGGUUUAACGGCGAUGGAUGAUGAGCUUCAAGAGGAGGCUUGUCGUAUCGUGGGUCGCGUGGAAGAAGUCUCUACACACCCGUCAGAGGCCAUUGCAAACUGGCUAAUUCGCCUCGCAACAUCUUCUACGAACUGGCUCGCGCCUUUCCGUCGACGCGCACACCUUCCACGAAGCGAAGACGUGGUGGACCACAUUUGCCGUUCAACGGAUCCUACGUCCAUCGACUCAACCAUCCACAGCUACUCGCGCCUCGAGCGUGAACUGAAGGAUUAUCUCAUCUUACAAAGAUCCAUGGGCAUCGAGCCUACUGACGAGGACCUCCAACGACAAGCUCGUAUCAUUAUAUACGAAUUCGAUGACGGUUGGAACCAAACCGCGGCAGAUAAUGCAUCUUGGCUCGAGGGAUUCAAGAACCGCCAUCCCGCCAGCAGUAACAACUCGCCUGCAUUUUCUCUUCAGCCUAGCGUCAACUCGACUGUCAGCGGAACCGCCACCACUGAUGCGACCCUUUUUUCCAAUGACUGUCCUGUGCUUCUGGGAUUGGGUUAUGAUGACAUGUUCGAUAUGGGCAGCGGCCCUGGCUGUCCUGGACCAUACUUCCUCAAUGAUGCGAACUGCUAUCGACGAUUGGCGAAGGAGCUGAAGCGAUGGGUUGCUGGCACUAUGUCGGCGAACAACCCUAACAGGCAUGUGCCUAGUGAUGCAGAGCUUCAGCACCAGGCGCGCUGGAUCCUGUAUGACGAUGAUGAUCCUUGGAACCAGACUGCUGCAGAUAAUGCCGAAUGGCUUCAAAGAUUCAAGCGAGACGCGGGUAUUCUCAAGACCGAUGGUCCUGGUCUCCCAAUGAGCGACGGCUGGGCCCUAGAAUCUGGUGGCUCAGGGUUCGCACCCCCCUAUGCCUGCCCCAAGGCAUCGCUCGAGCCCUUCCCUGCAGAUGCGCAUGUGUCAAUGGGCCAGGGUGCCAAGUCACUGCCGGCAGCUAUUGCUAACAGCUACAUCGAGAAGCUCACAUCGCAGGCGGCACGACCUGCUGAGGUCUUCUGUUCACGAGAGCUGGAGCGUGGUCUUAUCAGCUACGUCGAGGAUCAUGUCGCAUGCAAGGGGUCCAUGCCCACAGACGCCAUGCUUCAGACACGAGCGCGUCGGAUUCUUGACUCGCAGACCACACCAGCUGAUGAUGUUGAUCUGUUGAACAAGUUUAAGGAUAUGGUGGCUAAGAAAGUUCCUCAAGCAGUGGCCGCCCAGGACAACAUUGCCAGCGCUCCUGCUAUGCCCAGUAAUAUGGAGCUUAACCUCUCAGAUGAGGAUGUCAACAAUAUCCUGCAGGACAUGAAUUUCGAAUUUGAUGCUCAAGACUUUGGCGUUGCAAUGGAAGGAUUACAAGAUACAGGAGGUGUUAGCCUGAAUAUGGCUGGAUUCACAGAUUAG